AUGUCUGAAGCUAUUGAUCUGUCCUUGCUUAAGGGAACUUCCGAGGAAAGCGAGGCCGUUUCAGCCACCCUACUAAAGACAUUGAAGACUCGAGGAGUGGCCAAGCUGAAGAACCACGGUCUUCCAGAAGAUCUCAUUUCUCAGCUCUUUGACUACACCCGACGAUUCUUCGAUCUUUCAUUGGAGGACAAGAUGACUGCCAAACACCCACCACAAGCCAACCCCAACCGCGGAUACAGCUUUGUCGGACAGGAAUCAGUCGGGAGCAUUAGUGGUUAUGAGAAAGGGCUUGCUCAGGGAAAAUCGGUCCGGGAUAUUAAAGAAACGUUGGAUAUCGGCUCCGCCGACGAUGACCUGGUAGACAACAUUUGGAUAGCCGAUGAAAAGCUACCUGGAUUCCGUGCAUUCAUGGAAGAAUUCUACACAAGCUGUUUCAAGGUCGAACUCGAAAUUCUCGACGCGCUAGCCAAUGCUCUCAAGAUCUCAGCCCCCAAUCUCAGAGCAUUGCACAACAAGGCUGAGAACGAGUUCCGUCUCCUUCACUAUCCAGCCAUCCCCACCUCUGAGCUCGCCGACGGAUCGGCCACACGAAUCGCGGAGCACACAGACUUUGGUACAAUCACCAUGUUAUUCCAAGAUUCAACAGGAGGUCUCCAAGUCGAGGAUCAGACAAAUCUGGGAACCUUCCACGGCGUUGAGUCGGGUGGAAAGUCGGAGAUUAUUCUCAAUAUCGGUGAUUCGCUGCAACGUCUCACCAAUGAUACAUUCCGAGCUGCAUGCCAUCGUGUGACUUAUCCCCCCACAGUGAAAGUGGGCUCUGACGAGAUGAUCCCGGAGCGCUAUUCCAUUGCCUACUUCGCCAAGCCAAACCGCCUCUCAUCGUUGCUCCCGUUGAGGGAAUUUAUCACAUCUGCCACUCCCUGCAAAUAUGAAGACAUUACAGCCUGGGACUAUAACAACCUUCGAAUCGCUAAGCUCUUCUCCUGA